AUGCAAUCUCUCAUAUGCAUAUGCAUAUUUUUUAUACCAGGCAUUACUGCAGUAAAGUUUUGGGAGCUUUUUAAGCUAAAAAACACCAUCCAAGCCUCUACUGCAUCGCUUCUGCCUCCUCAACUCGCACAACUGCCACUUACUAGUUCCAAAAUGCAAAGCAACCAAGGUCACAAGUUUGGCAAUCCCAAAUGGUACAAGAAAGGUGAACCGCAAAAGUACAUUUGGUAUAUUGAUACUGGCUUGGUGACUACCAUGACCACUCUUAUGCAGUAUAAUGCUGCAGCAUCUUGCAAAGUAGUCAAUGUUGCUAGCAAGUGGGAGUGUGGUCCACUUUGCCAAGAUGCUACGGCUGGAACUCAAAUUGUCUCACUAAUCAAAGAUCCAACCCGAAGUAGAACAGAUAUGAGUGUCGGAUAUGUUGGGAUUAAUAAUCAGUUGAAAACAAUUAUCGUGUCGUAUAGAGGGACAAUGGGGUCGGUUGAUUGGAGACAAAACCUUCGUGCCGUGACAACACUCAUUCAAGAAUUAUAUGAAUAUCCAAAAAAGCAUAUUUUCAACGAAGCUCGGGUUCACGCCGGGUUUUUAGGCGAGUUUAUGCGAAUUAGAGACACAGUGGCUCGUGCUCUACUCAUGGCAAUCUCACUCCAUCCAGAAUACAAAAUUCACAUAACUGGUCAUUCCAAGGGUGGUACACUUGCUACUCUAACUGCGGUGGACCUAUACAUGACUCACGAUCUGCCCAACAUUGAAAAAAAAGUGCAUUUGAUUACAUUUGGCACGCCACGUGUUGGCAACAGGGAAUGGGCAGCCUGGUUAGAUGGAAUUCCAUUUGCUGAAGCUAUUCGUGUAAUCCACCAAAAUGAUCCAGGUAAAACAAAUGCGCCUACACAUACAGAGAGUGGUGCUAUAAAGUAUUUACUAACUGCUUUCCGACGAGGUAAUUUAGUGGUACAUUUACCACCGAUAGCUAUGGGGUACCAGCAUACUGGCGUUCCGGUUUUGGUAACAGCAGAUCGUCAUGUUGUAGGGUGCACCUAUUACAAGGAUAGAUUGAGCGAUGAAAACUGUCUUCCUCACAGUCCUGAAAAAUCUUCUCAUACACACAACUACUUUCACAAAACGUAA